AUGAGAACAAAUCUUAUUACCGGUACCGUGGCACAGUUGACUCCGGCUUGGGGGAAGGACAGCGUUAGCGGGACUGGUUCUUUUGCUGUCGCACGGAGCAGGCAUGCGUGUAUUCCGCGCAUGCUUAUGCGAAAUCCCAAUUCGUCCACCCGUCCCGUCCUGACCCUUCCUCUCGCAACUCCCUUUCCGCGCUCCCAUCCCCCCACACCCCCAUGCACCCCCCCGCACCUCGCAGUACCGCAUAGGGCAGGCGUACAUGCGGUCGCGCAUGCAGAUGGAGAACCCACCCCUUUCCGCGCUCCUUCCCCCCCACACCCCCAUGCACCCACCCACACCCCCAUGCACCCCCCCCGCACCUGGCAGUACCGCAUAGGGCAGGCGUACAUGCGGUCGCGCAUGCAGAUGGAGAACACGCGCGGCAGCGAGGGCGUGGAGGUGGUGGCGUCGCAGCCGUUCAGCGACGAGCGCAUGGGCGCGGGCCACAUGGCGCACGUCAAAUACCACUUCCACAGCAAGGCCCCCGCGUGGCUGCGCGCGCUCGCCCCGCACGGCGCGCUGUGCCUGGAGGAGCAGAACUGGAACGCGUACCCGCGCAGCAAAACAGUGCUCAAGUGCCCGUACCUGACCAAGUUCUCCAUCACCAUCGAGUCCAUACACCUCGCUGACAGAGGCGACUCUGAAAACGCGUUGGGUCUAAGUGAGGAGCAGGUGAGGCAGCGCAAGGUGGAGCGGCUGGACAUAGCAAGCCAUGAGCGGGACAUGUGGACGCGCCUCAUUGCCAAGUCCGGCAUCGACCCCUCCAAGCUCGCCCUCCCCAAAGCCAAGCGCGGCCCCCUCGCUCCAGGCUGGCAGGCAACGUGUGAGCCAGUGAUGACAGCAUACAAGAUGGUCACGGUGGACGCGCCCUACUGGGGCUUUGGCAAGAGGCUAGAGCUCUUUGUACUCGCUGGAGAGAGGGCGUUGUUUUUGGAGGGGCAUCGGAAGAUGUAUGGGUGGAUGGACGAGUGGUGUGACCUCACAAUGGAUGAUGUGCGCCGCAUCGAGAAAGAGAACAUUGAGGCCAUGCGCAAGAACCUUGCUCUCAACAACAAGGUGGCGCCAGAUGAGUAUGAUGAGGAUGAAAGAAAAGCUGACGUGGACUGCAGUCAUGAUGACACAGACAGCAGUGAAGCUGACCUGCCAGACAGCCCCCAGGGUAAAGGUAAUGCUGCCAAGGGGUAG